AUGAGUAAACAAAAAAGCGCCUCACUUCCCGAAACACCUGCUGGUCGAUUUCUUCGAGAAUACAAGAAGACGCAGAAUAAUUCGCAAGAGCUGAUUUCCGAUUUAAAACUCGCCAUUGAAAAUGAACAGCAAGAGCUCCAGAGCUUCCUGAUCUGCGGCUCAGAGACAGAUCUUCAACAAGUUUUGAAAACUGUCAGAGUUCAAGGAUACAAAGGCCUUCAGCGACUUCAAUUGAUUCAAAUCGACAUGAGCUCAAAGUCUUCAAAAGCACUGCAAGACUACUUCGAUACGAGGCUCUAUCCGCUUCAGCAUUUGGAAAUCAUCAAUUAUUUCAUUGUAAGACCUAAAAAAGACCCUAUCUUUGAAUUUCCUCCAGAUCGCCCUUGCCAAUCCGACCCGAAUACUGGUUGUUUCAAAGAACAAGCAGCAGCUACUGACGAUUCUCGAUGCUCAAAAAUCGCCAAUGACAUUUUGAACAAAGGUGGUUCUGCCGUAGAUUCUGCCAUUGCGGCCAUCGCCUGCGAAGGAGUUGUGAAUAGCUACCACAGUGGAAUCGGCGGUGCUAGCUUCAUGACAGUCUACGACGAGAAAACUGGCAAAGCUGAAUUUUUCAACUGUCGAGAAAGAGCUCCCCUUGCAGCGUGGGAGGACAUGUUCAAGAACAAAUCAAACGAAGCGAUGCAUGGUCCUUUAGCGAUCGCAAUUCCGGGCGAGGUCAAAUGCAUGAAAGAAGCUCAUGCUCGAUAUGGAAGUCUUCCGUGGGCAGAUCUCUUCCAACCAUCCGUCGAUCUCGCGAGAAAUGGCUGGGAACUAUGGAAUUAUACUUAUUACGCGAUGGAGGACAAGGCCGAUUUUCUCCAGGGAGAUUUCAUCGAAUGGGCGGGCAAGAACUGGUCGGGCAACUGGGAGCCGUAUCUGGACAGCCAAGGAAAAAUUAAGAAAGUCGGCGAUCAAAUUAUAGAUGAAGAACUUGCCAAAACACUGGAAAUGAUCCAAGAUGAACCAGAUUCUUUUUACAACGGGACGUUAGCGGAUUUGAUCAUCGAAGAUUUGACCGAACUUGGAGCGAUUAUAACGAAAGAAGAUCUCGUUAAUUAUAAGGCGUUGAUUGCUUCACCUCUAGAAUCAACAUUCGGCGAUCUUCAAUUUUUCUUCCCCAGGGCGCCCUCAAGCGGUCCGAUUCUUCAAUUAAUGAUGAACAUCAUCGAGGGCUACAAUCUAACACCUAAUGAGAGACUUGAUCAUUUGGCAAAUCAUCGGAUCAUCGAGUCGAUGAAACAUGGCUACGCUAUUCGAACGGGUCUUGGUGAUCCCGAGUUUUAUCCAUACGACCAAGCUGAUCUUGAGAAGAAAAUUUCAGAUCCGGAUUUUAUCGCCGCUAUUCGAGAAAAUAUAACAUAUCAAACUCACGAGAUCGAUUACUACAACCCGAUUUUCCAGGGCAAAGAUGACCACGGAACCCUUAGUGUAUCAACGCUUGACAAAACCGGCCAAGCAGUAGCAGUAACAACUACUGUCAACCUAUAUUUCGGCUCAAAGCUGCGAGGUCGCCGAACUGGCAUAACUUUCAACGAUGGAAUGGAUGAUUUCUCAACAACUGGUUUUAAUAAUGAUUUUGGAGUUCCACCAAGUCCGAUGAAUUUUGUAAAAGGGGGAAAAAGAUGUGUCUCAUCGAUGGCUCCUACGAUUGCUGUUGAUAAAAACACAGGGAAGGCCAAGAUCGUUCUUGGCGCUGCGGGAGGAACGAAAAUCACGACCGGAAUCUAUCAAGUGCUUUUGAACAAGCUUUGGUUUGGCUAUUCCGGCUCCGAUUCUGUUCGAAGACAUCGAUUCCACCACCAGCUCGACCCGAAUGAAAUCAACUGGUCAGAUGCCGUGGAUGGAAUUGACGGACCUGGCUGGGAAGAAAUGAUUAAAUCGCUCGAAAGAGAUCAUGGACACAAACUGCGGGAAAAGGGACGAAUGUGGGCUAGUCCUGUUGUUCAAGCUAUUUUCAGAAAUUCCGACGAAAUAAUCGAAGCUGUUUCCGACUGGCGGCAUGCUGGAGUCCCCGAUGGCUCGUGA